AUGCGUCGCAGUGCCUCGACCAAUCCUCAUCUAGACUUCAACCAGGUUCCACGCCUUCCUGCUGAUGCUGCUGCCUUCCCAAACCAUGGUCUCGAUGGAACAAAUAGCAGUGAUGAGUCAGCCGAAUCACAACCCUCGCUACAGGUCGAGCCUCGUGGCCCACCAUCAACGGCGCGACUGUUCGCUUACCCAGAUACGCGUGGUAUGGUGGCCGACAAUGAUUGCUCCAUCAUGUACGACCAGAACCUGCGCUUCCCUGCAAAGGAAGACGCACCCUUCCAAGAAAACGACACCAUCGUGCUGCCUAACAUCCUGCCUUUCUGUCCCGUCAAGACGGAUCCCGACACGGCCGAAGCUCUCACCGCUCUGUACCGCACACACUGCACAUCGUUGAUUGACUGCAUUCGCUUCUGCAAGGAAAAGCAGUUCUUCCGCCUGUUUACAUCCUUCCAUGGCACGUUGACAGUGCCUGUACAAAAGCUGCUGGCUCAUCCUAACCUUGCGCCCUGGAUCCAGGCCUGUGACACCUUGAUGUACCAGAAGAUGGUUCGCUUCGUCUCACGCCUCACCCUUCAGGCUGCGCCGCCUGUCGUCAUCAACAUCCUCAACAACAUCUCGACCAACUUGCACGCUCACAUCUCAAAGACUUUCGCUUCGCAUCCCACUCACGUCCUGCAAGCCAAACUCAAGCCUGCGGCGACGUUUGCCAGCCUUCUGCAUCGUCUGAUCCGCGUGAAUGCCGCUGCUCACGCCGCCGCAAACCUGCUUACUGUCGACCAGAACCGUGAGCAAAUGUGGCGUGAAUGGGUGACUAUGGUCAACCCCAAGCGUGUCAUGGAGGCUGAACUUCCUGCAUGUGGCUACGACGAGGUCUACAAAAUCAUGACAUGCGAUAUCAGAGGUCUCUUAGAACCUCUUAGUUCUCCUCCAUUCCCCGACAACCCACUCUUCGCUCAUGACAACCAAGCAUAUGGCUUCGCUCAGGCCAACUUCCCUACUUUCCAGCAACCUCCACCUCAGACUACCGACCAGUCGGGACAGAUCUCGACCGAAAACGUUCUUGACAGAUGGUCCGUCUUUCUCACAUCUCUCCCUUCGCGCUUCCCUCAAGCAAACACAAGGCUUUUGCUGCAUUGUAUCAGUGCUGUCGGAACUGCAGCUCUGAGAGAUAUUACCAUCAUGGGAGGUGCCAGCUACCAAACUUGGUGGGUCAUGAAGAUCUUUGUGGAUGAGAUGGCUCUGUGGUUGGCAGCCAUGGGUGGCUUCCUCGAGCACAACCCUGUUCAUGCAACCCCUGCCACCUCUGCUGCUCAGGUUUCCCCCGACGUCAAGCCUGUGGACUCGAACGCUAGCAUGCGAAGUGGCAGCGACAGCAGAAUGAGUAGCAUAGAAGUCGAUUUCAAGAUGCAGCCGCAGUCUCGGCCUGCCAGUGCUCAAAGUAAGUCCUUAACUUUUUGA